AUGGCUUCCAAUAAAAUUACCAAGGCUAAAGCUCCCAAGAAGAAGAAUGUCCCCAAGUCUGCCACCAAGCCUCGCAAACUCGCCUCAGAUACCAGUCGUGAGAUACUAGAAGAGAGACUCGAGUUUGUAAUUACUUGUAUCAAGGAGACAGGAAUUAAGGUCGACAUGGCUGCUGUUGCUCGACACUAUAAGAUCUCCACUAAUGCAGCAAAUCUACGCCUUCGACGUGCUAAUGAUUAUGUCGCUAAAAUGGUGAGCGCUAGAGAGGAAGCUCAGAAGAGUGAUGAGACUCAGAGCGACAACGAGCCUCAGAAAGACAAUGAGGACCUCGAGAUCACGGAAGAUGAGGACUGA